AUGCGUCAUUCAGAUUUUCGUGGUAUGGAAAAAAAUGCUCAAACACUUGAUGAAGAAUAUGAUGGUUUAUCAGCUCGUUCUGUUGAUGAUCAUUAUAAUUAUCCACUUUCACCAAGUGUUCAUGGAGAAUUUAUGGCUGAUGGUACAAAUAGAAAAGAACAUUCAUUACAUGCAUUUGUUGCACCAAAACAAAACAAAAAUAGAAAGAAUAAAAAAAAUAAAGGUACAAGUAUUGUUAAUAAAGUAGUAGAAGAAGAACUACCUGUUGUUCAAGAAGAUCCACAACGAACGAGAGGACGUAAAAUAUUACGUGACGAUUUUGAUACUCAAUUUGAUAUGGAACCAGACGAUGAUAUAGAACGAUCAAAAAAUGAAACUGUACCUAUUCGUCCAUCUGGACUUGAAACAAUACCUGCUCGUGUAGCUACAUUAAAAAUAAGUGACAGAUCUGAUCGAAGUAUUUCACCACAAAAACAAUCAAAAUCUACAUAUGAUUCUCCAAGUGUUACACCUCGACAAGGUGUUUCACCAUCUUCUGUUUCACGUCGAAAUGAAAAUACUUCAUCAUCUGUAACUUCUACUUUAAAACGUCGUCCAAUAGCAGCUGAUCGUACUAAUACAUUACGUGAUUAUAAUGAACGUCUUGAAGGACGUGAUUUAUUAAAUUUAGUUGUUGUUGGUCAUGUUGAUGCAGGAAAAUCUACAUUAAUGGGUCAUCUACUUGUGAAAUUAAAAGUUGUUGAUGAUCGUACAAUGCAUAAAAAUAAAACUGAAGCAGCUCGUUUAGGAAAAGAAAGUUUUUCAUAUGCUUUUGUUUUGGAUGAAUCCGAAGAAGAACGACAACGUGGUGUUACCAUGGAUAUUGCUCAAGCUCAAUUUAAAACUAAAACUAAAAUUGUUAAUCUUGUUGAUGCACCAGGACAUAAAGACUUUAUACCAAAUAUGAUAAAUGGAGCAGCUCAAGCUGAUGUUGCUAUACUUGUUAUUGAUAGUCGUCGUGGUGAAUUUGAAACUGGUUUUGAAUUUGGUGGUCAAACACGUGAACAUGCUCUAUUAUUACGAGCACUUGGUGUAUCACAAUUAAUUUGUGGUGUUAAUAAAAUGGAUACAAUAGAAUGGUCACAAGAACGAUUUGAAGAAAUAGUUAAAAAACUUUCAAGUUUUCUUAAAUCAUCCGGUUAUAAAGAAUCAGAUAUUACAUAUGUACCGCUUAGCGGUUGGACAGGAGAAAAUUUAAUAACACCAAAUAAUCCAUCAUUAUCAUGGUAUCAAAAAGAAGAUAAUCCUUCAAAUAUAAAAAUCAAUGGUGUUAUAUGUGGUGCAACAUUACUUGAUUUAAUUGAUCGUCUUAAACCACCUGAACGACCUAUAUCAAAACCAUUCCGUUUAUGUAUAACAGAUGUAUAUCGUGCAACAGGUAUUGGUGCUGGUACUGUAUCUAUAUCAGGUCGUAUUGAUUGUGGUGGUGUUGAAGUAAAUGAACGUCUUCUAUUACGACCAUCAAAUGAUCAAGUAACAAUAAAAACAGUUCAAAUUGAAAAUACAAAUGUUUCAUCAGCAUUUGCUGGUGAUAAUGUAACACUUAAUAUUCAAGGUGUUGAUCCAACACAUUUAUUUAUUGGUAAUGUUGUUUGUGAUCCAGAAUAUCCAAUACCAUGUGCAACUAUAAUACAAGCACGUAUUAUUAUAUUUAAUAUAUCAGUACCAAUAUUACCCGGUACACCAAUUGUAUUUCAUUUUAAAUCUAUGCAAGAACAAGGUAAAAUAACAAAUUUAAUUGAAGAAUUAGAUCGUUCAACGGGUGAACUUAAACGAAAAAAUCCACGUUUAUUAACAAAAAAUUCAAGUGGUGUUAUUGAAAUUGUACUACAACGACAAAUAUGCUGUGAAUUAUAUUCAGAUGUUAAAGAACUUGGACGUUUUAUGUUAAGACAAAGUGGUUUGACAAUGGCAGCAGGAAUUAUAACUAAAAUAAUUAGUUAA